UGGGUGUUAAUAUGGAUGGCUCUGGCGAUUGGUUUAACUGCCUCUCAAAGUGAGGAUACAUCAAAGGCCACAGUUAACAUCAUCCCCUCAAUGUCAAGGAUGCCUGAGAUUGCAGGAGUGAGUCCUAUGCACAAUGGCCAGGUCUGCAGCACAUGGGGUAACUACCACUUCAAGACCUUUGACGGAGACAUCUUUCAGCUCCCCUCCACCUGCAACUAUGUUGUGACCUCACUGUGUAAGAGCAGCUAUGAGGAUUUCAACAUCCAGAUGAGGCGGCAGGUGGUGGACAACCAGCCCACCAUUAGCAAGAUCACCAUGAAGCUGGAUGGUGUAGUGGUGGAGCUUUCCAAGGGUUCCGUUGUUGUAAAUGGGAAGAAUGCCACCUUACCAUUCAGCCAGUCUGGUAUUCUCAUUGAAGAGACUACCUCCUACAUCAAGAUCAAAGCGAAACUGGGAUUGGUAGCCAUCUGGAACCAGGAGGAUUCCUUCUUGGUGGAGAUGGACAUCAAAUUCAGAAACAAGACCUGUGGUCUAUGUGGAGAUUUUAAUGGAGUUCAACAAUUUGAUGAGUUCUAUAGCCAUGGUAUGAAAUUGUCCCCUGUCGACUUCGGAAACUUCUGGAAAUUGGAUGGUCCAACUGAAAGCUGUACUGAAAAAACACUGCUUUCGAAUCAUAAAUGCCCCAAUCUGAAACCAGUUUGUGAGCAGUUGCUCUCCGGUCCUGCCUUCAGCAGCUGUAAGGACUUGUUGGCCAUCGACUCAUUUGUUGAGGCCUGUGUAUCUGACCUGUGCCACUGUGAUAACAGCACCAAGUCCUUCUGCCUGUGUAACACCAUCUCAGAGUACUCCCGUCAGUGUGUUCAUGCAGGAGGGAAGCCCCAGCAAUGGAGGACUGAACAGUUCUGCUAUAAAACAUGCCCCUUCAACAUGGAGUACCAGGAGUGUGGAAACCCCUGUGUUGACACCUGCUCCAACCCUGAGAGAGGCCAGAUGUGUGAGGAACACUGCUCAGAUGGCUGCUUUUGUCCUCCAGGCACCGUUUUUGAUGACGUCAACAAGAACGGUUGUAUCGCAUUGAGUCAAUGCUCCUGCCGCCACAAUGGAAAAACCUACGCACCCGGAGAGUCUUAUUCAAGCACUUGUAAAGAUUGCUCCUGUGGUGGUGGUCAGUGGAAGUGUGUGGACAAGGACUGUCCUGGGACCUGCUCUGUGGAGGGAGGAUCCCACAUCAACACCUAUGAUGGAAAAGCCUACACCUUCCACGGGGACUGCUCUUACAUUCUGACCAAGGACUGUGAUGGGAUGCAAUUCACUGUACUGGGUGAUCUGGUGCAGUGUGGGCUUUCUGACAGUGAGACUUGUCUAAAGGCUGUUACCCUGUCCCUCUCAGAAGGAGCCACUGUGAUCAACAUACAACCAAAUGGAAAAGCCUUUGUAAAUGGAAUCUAUUCUCAGCUGCCCUUUUCUGUUGCUGGAGUAACUAUUUUCAGAGCCUCCUCAUUUUUCAUCAUCGUCCAGACCACCUUUGGCCUCCAGUUGGAAAUCCAACUCUCACCAAUCAUGCAGGUCUAUAUUGCUGCAAGCACCGUUUGGCAGCAGAGAACUUGCGGUCUUUGUGGAAACUUCAACAACAACCAAGGAGAUGAUUUCAAGGUCCUGAGCGGAGUGACUGAGGGCACAGCCAUUGGUUUUGCAAACACCUGGAAAACACGAGCCAGCUGCCCAGACAUCAAGAGUAGCUUUGAAAGCCCCUGCAGUUUAAGUCUUGACAAUGAGAAAUAUGCCCAGCACUGGUGCUCUCAGCUGGCUGAUCCUAAAGGGUUGUUUGCUCCAUGCCAUGCAGCGAUAAGCCCAGACAUGUACAAAGAUAACUGCAUGUAUGACAGCUGUAACUGCGAGAAGAGUGAGGACUGCAUGUGUGCUGCCGUCUCCUCUUAUGUCCACGCUUGUGCUGCCGAGGGUAUCCAGCUCAGCGGCUGGAGAGACACUAUCUGCAACAAAUACUCCACCUCGUGCCCUAGCACCAUGGUCUACAGCUACAGCAUGGAAAUCAGUGAUCGCUCCUGCCGCUGCUACAGCGACUCUGACUUUACCUGUUCAAUCACCUUCGAGCCUGUGGAUGGGUGUGUCUGUUCUGAGGGAACCUACCUGGAUGAUGAGGGCAAGUGUGUUCCACCAGCCAGCUGCCCUUGUUAUUACAAGGGCUCAGUGGUGUCCCCUGGAGAGGUCAUCAGCAAGGAUGGAACCAUGUGCACCUGCAAGGAGGGAAAACUCCAUUGUAUUGGAGAUUCACCUGAUCAUCCAUCAUGUGUUGCACCAAUGGUUUUCGUCAACUGCUCCAAUGCAAGCCCAGGAGUGAGAGGGUUAGAGUGUCAGAAGAGCUGCAACAUUCUGGAUAUGGCCUGUAUCAGCACAGAGUGCAUAUCAGGCUGUAUGUGUCCUCCUGGACUGGUAUCUGAUGGAAAAGGAGGCUGCAUCAAGCCAGACCUUUGUCCUUGUUCUCACAAUGCAGCUACUUACCAACCAGGAGACAGCAUCAAGGUCGACUGCAAUACCUGCACUUGUAAAGACAGAAAAUGGCAGUGCACAACUAACCUGUGCCAUGGAACCUGUGCCAUUUAUGGAGAUGGACACUACAUUACCUUUGAUGGGAAACGAUUCACUUUCGAAGGAGACUGUGAAUACACUCUUACAAAGGACUACUGUGGAAACAACAAUGCCAAUGGCAGCUUCAGAGUCAUCACUGAGAACAUUCCCUGUGGAACAACAGGCACCACCUGCUCCAAGGCCAUCAAGCUCUUCCUGGGGAACAAUGAAUUAAUCCUGACGGAAGGGAACUACCAAGUCAUUGAGAGAAAUACAGGGGAGGCGGUUCCUUACCAGAUUCGCACAAUGGGCAUCUACCUUGUGAUUGAAGCCAAUAAUGGGUUGAUUCUCAUGUGGGACAGGAAAACAAGCAUGUUCAUCAAACUUAACCCACAGUUCAAGGGACAUGUCUGUGGUCUGUGUGGAAACUAUGAUGGCAAUGCAAACAAUGACUUCACUACCAGGAGCCAGGCAGUAGUUGUCAACCCUCUAGACUUUGGAAACAGCUGGAAAGUCUCUGCAAGCUGCCCCGAUGCAAUGAACAAAAGGAGCCCCUGUACUGCCAACCCUUACAGGCAGUCUUGGUCACAGAAGCAGUGCAGCAUCAUACAGAGCAAAGUUUUCACAGACUGCCAUUCUAAAGUGGACCCCUCUUCUUUCUACGAUGCUUGUGUGACAGACUCGUGUGCUUGCGACAGUGGUGGAGACUGUGAGUGUUUCUGUACCGCUGUGGCAGCUUAUGCAGAGGCCUGUAAUGAGGCUGGAGCCUGCAUAGCCUGGAGAAGCCCACAAAUCUGCCCACUGUUCUGUGAUUACUACAACCCCCCUGGAGAAUGUGAGUGGCACUACAAGGCCUGUGGAGCUCAGUGUAUGAAGACCUGCAGGAAUCCCUCCGGGAGCUGCUCAACUCAGAUACCACCUCUUGAAGGUUGCUAUCCAAAAUGUCCUCCUGCUCAACCCUUCUUUGAUGAAGAUAUAAUGAAGUGUGUGGAGAAGGAGCAGUGUGGCUGCUAUGGCAGAGAUGGAAAACACUACAAUAAUGGAGAAAAAGUACCGACCACAGAAAACUGCCAGACAUGCUAUUGUAAUUCAGUGACAGUGGACUGCAAAUACGAUGUACAAGCUUGCACUUGCACCUACAAUGGGAACAAAUACCCCUAUGGGCAUAUCAUAUACGAUACAACGGAUGGACAUAGCAGCUGUAUGACAGCAGUUUGUGGGAAGAAUGGAACCAUUCACCGGGACAUGUACCCAUGUUCAACUACAACUCCAACAACUUCUAUUCCAUCUCAUCCAACUCCAUCUACGAAUGUUCCUACCUCUACAUCAUUCUCUACAGUGACAACAAAUGUUUUCACUUUCUCAACACCAACGACAACUGAGCCAGCCACAUCUUCAACAGAGACAACAGUGUCUCCAACAACCUUUACCACUACAUGUGGAUAUCCAUGUGUGUGGUCACAGUGGUUUGAUACCACAUUCCCUACACUUGGAACUCCAGGAGGAGACUCUGAAACCUACAACAACAUAAGAGCAGAGGGACACAAUAUAUGUGAGAAGCCAAGCAAGAUCCAAUGCAGAGCCGAGAAGUACCCAAAUGUUAGCAUAAGCCAAGUAGGCCAAGUGGUGCAGUGUAAUGUAGCAGAAGGGUUGACUUGCAGAAAUGAAGACCAGUCAGGCCCAUUCCCACUGUGCUUUAACUACCAAGUCCGAGUCCUCUGCUGUGAUGAAGAUCUUUGCACAUCUAAGCCUACAACCAUUUCACCAACAACUACAAGACCACCUGUUAUGACGACAACCACAACUACAACAGCAACCACCUCCACUAUAUCAACGACCACGUUGAAUACAAAAACCCCUACCUGCACAGUUUGUGAGUGGUCACCUUGGUAUAAUGUGGACUAUCCUCAAUUUGGUCCUGGGGGUGGUGACAAUGAAUCAAUUAAAAAGAUUCUAGAAUCUGGAAAACAUAUUUGUGAAAAACCAGUGGAUGUCAUAUGCCAAGCAGUGCGAUAUCCAGGGAUCCCAUUGUCUGAAUUAGGACAGAAGGUAGAAUGUAAUACAAAGGUUGGAUUAAUAUGCCAGAACAAAGAUCAAGGUAUUCCUCCAAUAUGCCUUGACUAUGAAAUUAAGGUAAAAUGUUGUAAGAGUGUGAAAUGUCACACUACAACACAAGAAACUACAACUACACCUACUGUCACAACUACAAUAAUGUCAACAUCCACAUUAACUACAAUAACAAGUAAACCAAUGACAAUCACUACUCCUCCAACCUCAACUCAACCUCUGACCACAACUACAACUCCAACCACCACAACAACACCCACUACUACGAUCUUAACAUCGCCUGCUCCAGCUACCACAUCAACAACAAUUCCUUCGACCACGACUCCUACACCCACUACUACAAUCUUAACUUCGACAGCUCCAUCUACCACAAAAACAACAACUCUGCCUUCUACUACAACUCCAACCUCUACUCCUACAUCAACCUCAACAGGAGCAUCAACUACCCAGUGCAGUGGUGAAGAAAGUUGUGUGUGGUCAGACUGGAUCAACCUUGGUCAGCCAACCUCUGGCUCUGAAGGUGGAGAUAAUGAAUCCAUUAAGAACAUCAUUGCUAGUGGUUAUCACAUUUGCUCAGCUCCAGAGGCAGUUGAAUGUAGAGCAAAACAAUACCCUGGACUUCAGAUCUCUCAGCUUGGCCAAGACGUGACUUGCAAUCCAUCCGUUGGACUGAUUUGUAAAAACAGUAAGCAAGGUCUUCAGCAAAAGUGCUUCGAUUACGAGAUACGAGUGAAAUGUUGUCAAUGUCCUCCCACAACACACAUCCCGACAACAACAACAACAACAACAACAGUUCUGUCGACCACGAGUCCUACACCCACUACUACAAUCUUAACUUCGACAGCUCCAUCUACCACAAAAACAACAACUCUGCCUUCUACUACAACUCCAACCUCUACUCCUACAUCAACCUCAACAGGAGCAUCAACUACCCAGUGCAGUGGUGAAGAAAGUUGUGUGUGGUCAGACUGGAUCAACCUUGGUCAGCCAACCUCUGGCUCUGAAGGUGGAGAUAAUGAAUCCAUUAAGAACAUCAUUGCUAGUGGUUAUCACAUUUGCUCAGCUCCAGAGGCAGUUGAAUGUAGAGCAAAACAAUACCCUGGACUUCAGAUCUCUCAGCUUGGCCAAGACGUGACUUGCAAUCCAUCCGUUGGACUGAUUUGUAAAAACAGUAAGCAAGGUCUUCAGCAAAAGUGCUUCGAUUACGAGAUACGAGUGAAAUGUUGUCAAUGUCCUCCCACAACACACAUCCCGACAACAACAACAACAACAACAACAGUUCUGUCGACCACGAGUCCUACACCCACUACUACAAUCUUAACUUCGACAGCUCCAUCUACCACAAAAACAACAACUCUGCCUUCUACUACAACUCCAACCUCUACUCCUACAUCAACCUCAACAGGAGCAUCAACUACCCAGUGCAGUGGUGAAGAAAGUUGUGUGUGGUCAGACUGGAUCAACCUUGGUCAGCCAACCUCUGGCUCUGAAGGUGGAGAUAAUGAAUCCAUUAAGAACAUCAUUGCUAGUGGUUAUCACAUUUGCUCAGCUCCAGAGGCAGUUGAAUGUAGAGCAAAACAAUACCCUGGACUUCAGAUCUCUCAGCUUGGCCAAGACGUGACUUGCAAUCCAUCCGUUGGACUGAUUUGUAAAAACAGUAAGCAAGGUCUUCAGCAAAAGUGCUUCGAUUACGAGAUACGAGUGAAAUGUUGUCAAUGUCCUCCCACAACACACAUCCCGACAACAACAACAACAACAACAACAGUUCUGUCGACCACGACUCCUACACCCACUACUACAAUCUUAACUUCGACAGCUCCAUCUACCACAAAAACAACAACUCUGCCUUCUACUACAACUCCAACCUCUACUCCUACAUCAACCUCAACAGGAGCAUCAACUACCCAGUGCAGUGGUGAAGAAAGUUGUGUGUGGUCAGACUGGAUCAACCUUGGUCAGCCAACCUCUGGCUCUGAAGGUGGAGAUAAUGAAUCCAUUAAGAACAUCAUUGCUAGUGGUUAUCACAUUUGCUCAGCUCCAGAGGCAGUUGAAUGUAGAGCAAAACAAUACCCUGGACUUCAGAUCUCUCAGCUUGGCCAAGACGUGACUUGCAAUCCAUCCGUUGGACUGAUUUGUAAAAACAGUAAGCAAGGUCUUCAGCAAAAGUGCUUCGAUUACGAGAUACGAGUGAAAUGUUGUCAAUGUCCUCCCACAACACACAUCCCGACAACAACAACAACAACAACAACAACAGUUCUGUCGACCACGACUCCUACACCCACUACUACAAUCUUAACUUCGACAGCUCCAUCUACCACAAAAACAACAACUCUGGCUUCUACUACAACUCCAACCUCUACUCCUACAUCAACCUCAACAGGAGCAUCAACUACCCAGUGCAGUGGUGAAGAAAGUUGUGUGUGGUCAGACUGGAUCAACCUUGGUCAGCCAACCUCUGGCUCUGAAGGUGGAGAUAAUGAAUCCAUUAAGAACAUCAUUGCUAGUGGUUAUCACAUUUGCUCAGCUCCAGAGGCAGUUGAAUGUAGAGCAAAACAAUACCCUGGACUUCAGAUCUCUCAGCUUGGCCAAGACGUGACUUGCAAUCCAUCUGUUGGACUGAUUUGUAAAAACAGUAAGCAAGGUCUUCAGCAAAAGUGCUUCGAUUACGAGAUACGAGUGAAAUGUUGUCAAUGUCCUCCCACAACACACAUCCCGACAACAACAACAACAACAACAACAACAACUCAGCCACCCAUAACUAGUACUUUCCCUACAACCUCAUAUCCUGUAACAUCUGGUGGAACAACAUCACCAACAAUUACAUCCACUGAACCCGUUUGUUUUUGCCAUUUCAAUCAUCGUGAUUUCUCCGUUGGCUCAAUUGUUUACAAUGUCUCUGACCAUGAUGGAUGGUGCUACAUUGGUCUCUGCAACAAGACAUGCAAAGUAGAAACCCGUUCCUUCAGAUGUGAUGUAACAACUACCCCAGUUACCACUACUUCACCCACCACUACACUGCUCCCAACAACAACAACAAUACCACAUACAACAGAAAGACCAACCACCACCCAAAAAUAUCCAAUUGAGAUAAACUGUCACCAUGAACAUCCUCCAAGACAGAACGGUGAAAGCUGGAAACAUAACCAGUGCACCAACGGAACAUGCGCCAACGGGAAAGUUAUUUAUGAGCAUGUACAUUGUGAGACUCCGAAGCCAAUAGCAUGUGAAAAUAACUAUCCUCCGAUCAAAGUGUAUGACGAAUCUGGAUGCUGUUUCCACUAUGAGUGUCAAUGUAUCUGCUAUGGUUGGGGAGACCCUCACUAUGUCACCUUUGAUGGAACAUACUAUGGCUUCCAAGGAAAUUGUUCUUACGUCUUGGUCAAAGAAAUCCUGCCAAAGUACAACUUCAGUGUUGUAAUCGACAAUUACUAUUGUGAUGCCCCAGAUGGACUUUCCUGCCCUCAGUCUCUGACAAUUUAUUAUCAAUCUUACAAGAUAUUCAUGACCAAGAAGGACGUUGAUGGAGUUUUCACAAGUCUGAUUUAUGUAAACCAGAAACGCAUCAUCCCAGCAUAUGAGACCAAGGACUUCCGCAUCACAGACAACGGGAUUGAGACCCUUUUAGUCAUACCAGCAAUUAAUGCCAAGGUGUCUUUCACUGGUCUUAUGUUUAGCAUAUACCUGCCCUGGGACAAGUUCAGUGGCAACACUGAGGGCCAGUGUGGUACAUGUGACAACAACCGGACAGAUGACUGCCGCUUGCCAAAUGGAACUAUCGAUUCAUCUUGUCCAGACAUGGCACACCAAUGGCAUGUUGCUGACCACAAUAACAGUCAGUGCACUCCACCAUCACCAGAACCGACACCAACACCACUACCAGGCUGCGAUCCACCCAUUUGUCAUCUCAUUCAAAGCAAGGUCUUUGAGAGUUGCCAUAAGAUAAUCCCCUACGAGCCAUUCCUUGUGGCAUGUAUCUUUGAUGUGUGCCAUAUGGAUGAUGUUACUAUUGGCUGCACCAGCUUGCAGACCUAUGCUGAUGCAUGUGCACAAGCAGGAGUCUGUAUUGAGUGGAGAAAUUAUACAAAUGGACAAUGUGACUUCACAUGCGAGAAACCCAAGGUGUAUAAUGCCUGCGGUCCACAAGUUGAACCAACCUGUAAUGCCUGGUACAAUUUCAAAUUCAUCCAGACUCAAAAUGAGUUCAGCGUCAUGGGAGAUAUACAAUUGGAGGGAUGCUAUUGCCCUCCUGGUACCACUUUGAUGAGUUCCAGCUCAAACUACUGUAUCCCCAGCUGUGAUAUUUGUCCGUUGCCAAAUGGAGAAUGGAAAGAGGCUAAUGAGACCUGGGUGAGCAACUGCCAGGAUUGUGUAUGUGACCCAUACAGUCUGGAAAUCCAGUGCCAGCCGGUGGCAUGCCAACAUCAACCUCCUCUCACCUGUGAUCAGGAGGGCCAAGUUAAGGUCGUAGAAACCGUUGACUGUUGUCAAAAGGACAAAUGCGAGUGUGAUGUCACACGAUGCUCUACUUCCAAGAUAACUUGUCCAGUCGGAUUUGAGACAGAGGCAACUAUGGGAGUCUGCUGCCCAACGUAUCAAUGCAUGCCAAAGGAUGUCUGUGUGUUUAACAACACUGAAUAUCAGCCAGGUGCCAAUGUUCCUGGGGACAAGUGUAAGAAUUGUGUGUGUGGUGACAGGGUGGAUGCCCAAUCCCAUCUACAUAUCAUUGAGUGUCAACCUACUGAAUGUGACACUCACUGCCAGCAGGGCUUUGAUCAUCAAGCCGUUCCUGGGCAGUGUUGUGGGAAGUGUGUACAGACAAGCUGUGUGGUUAUGCUGCCAGAUAAUACCACACACACUAUUCAGCCUGGUUCCAUCUGGAUACCAUCUGGAGAGAAGUGUCUCAAGUUUGAGUGCGUAAAGAUUAUGGACCAAUUCAUCCCAAUUGAGGCUAAGACUGUGUGCCCUGACUUCCACCCAGAAGAUUGCCUACCCGGAACUGAAGUCAUUGCUCCAGAUGGUUGCUGCCAUGUCUGUGUUCCAAAACAUAAGCCAUGCAACGUGACAAAGGGAAAAGUGUACCUGGACAGCAAUGGGUGCAAGUCUGCAAACGAGGUGGAAGUGACAACAUGCGGAGGAUCCUGUGGCACCUACGCCAUGUAUUCUCUUGAGGCCAACAUGAUGGAGCGCUCUUGUACCUGUUGUCGGGAAGUAUCCACCACCAAGAAGGAAGUGGAGAUGAUCUGCCCAGAUGGUUCAAAGUUCAACCACUCCUACAUCCACAUCAAUAAAUGUGGCUGCCAGAGGACAGAGUGCGUGACCCCGGAGGAAACCCAGGUCACAAGGUCACGACGCAGGAGAAGAUGAAUGACUCUCCACUACCAUCCCUUUACUGCUUAGAUUAGUUCUCUAUUUAUGCUCAACUUGUUCACUUUCCUGCAAAGUAAUCUCCUAGAUGGCGAAAAAGUUUCAGCUUUUUUGUCAAAUUUAGUUUUGUUUUAGCCAUUCAAAACACAUAAAUAAAGUUGGCAAUAGGCUAUGCAUAUA